AUGAGCACUCCCAGCAGCUCCUACAGCAGCACCUACUGGCAGCAAAAGAGGGCAGACGAGGAGAGCCUGGAGAAACUGAGGAGUGUUGUGAGUGUGGGAGAUCCUAGGAAGAUCUACCUUGAAUGGGCAAAAAUUGACAGUGGGGCUUUCGGAACCGUCUAUAGAGUGACCGACAGUGCCACAGGAGGAGAGGUGGCCAUAAAGCAAGUUUAUCUCCACAAGCAGCGCAGAAAGGAACAAAUUGUCGAUGAGCUCAUGAUCAUGAGGGACAAUAAACAUCCAAAUCUGGUCAACUAUUUGGACAGCUACUUGCUUGGAGAUAAACUGCUGAUAGUGAUGGAAUACGUAGACGGAGGCCCCUUAAGCGCUGUGGUUAAGGAAAUACGUCUGGAGGAAGGACUGAUGGCAGCUGUCUCCCGGGAGUGCCUUCAAGCACUAGCGUUCCUCCACUGCCACCAGGUGAUCCACAGGGAUGUCAAAGGCGACAACCUUCUCCUGGGAAUGGAUGGAUCCGUCAAGUUGGCUGACUUUGGUCUCGCUGCUCGCGUCACACCUGAGCAGAGCAAGCGAAGCUCUCUCGUUGGGACACCUCACUGGAUGGCACCCGAAUACGUCACGAGAGAGGAAUACGGAUCCAAAGUGGACAUCUGGGCACUCGGCAUCGUGGUGAUUGAAAUGCUAGAAGGAGAGCCUCCUUAUUUUUGGGAAAAUCCUCACAGGGCCCUGCGUCUCAUCGCCUCCGAGGGGAUACCGGAGCUGCCAAACCAGCAGGAACUGUCCCCUGCCCUGCAGGACUUUCUGAGCUGCUGCUUGCAGACAGACGAGGACAGUCGAGGCUCUGCUGAGGAACUUCUGCAGCAUCCAUUUUUACUCUCAGCCAAGCCCCUCUCUGGUCUGACAGCUCUGAUCAAUGCAGCAAAGCAGCUGAUGGAGAGCAGGAGAUGUAAUGCUUCUGGGAUGCCUUCCUCCAGUUCCAGCGACGGGUGGCACUCAGAAGAAAACUGA